AUGGCAGAGGUACUUGCUAUCGCUUCCGGGAUAGCUGGACUCGUCAGCUUGACCAUUGAAGUAUUCGGCAUCAGCUAUGAGUACAUCAAUGGAGUUCGCGAUGCCUCUGCUUCUGCGCGCCGAUUUCUAAAGGAGUUGGAAGACUUGCAAAUAGUCCUUCUCCGCGUUGAGAAGUCUGCCAAAGAAAUCAACCAGGAAGAAGUAUUUGGGGAUGCCGGCUCGUGCCUUCUGUCGAUCAAGAAAAGCAACGAAUACAUUGAUUUACUGCAGAAGCUUCGCGACAAAAUGAAGCAACGGCAUACGGACUCUUCAUUCCGGAACAGGAUGAAGGCUCUAACAUGGCCUUUCUCAGAAAAGGAGACCCUUGCUCUAACUGAGUCCUUGCAUCGGCAUCUCGAGAUCUAUCGCACUGCGUUGGCCAUCGAUAGCGUAACCAUCGGAAAACUCACGUUGAGCGAAGUGAGACAGUCCAGAAUCUCUCAGGCAGGCAGACGCACGAAUUCAAGCAAUUUUGGACUGGCUGUCUCCUUUGGACAUGUAUCAGAAGCAACAGGAUACUCUAUCAAGACGACACGGUAUUACAGGCUCCUGGCUUUUGAUCGACACGGUAUUUCAAAGCUGGCUUGA